AUGUACAACGAUCAUCAUCAUUCAAUCCAAAAUCAUUACCACCAUGUAGGAUAUGGUAGUGCUGUAUUUAAACAAGGAGAUGAUGUUGACCAACAUGAAGACCACUACCAGUAUAGAACUAAUAGGAUGACCGAUUUAUUGAGUCCCAAUAUAGGUACAUUACAUCCUGGGGGAUUGUACUGCAAAUAUGGUAUAAUAUCACAUGAUGAUCUAUGUGAUGAUUUGAAUAAUUGGAAAUCAUUAUAUGUGGGUGGUAGAUUACAUAAACCAGUAGAAGAUGUAUAUAUAUCCGAUAAGAAAGCAUGUAGUUUAUCAUACAUGGGUGAUAUCAGAAGUGGUAUGAUAAGGGCAGAGGAUCCCAAUAAGGUAUAUAAUAUAGUACACGGACAAGCCAAUGAGCUGAUACAUAUAUAUUCACCAAUACUCCUUGAAUGUGGUGUUAAGAUGGUAAAGACCACAAUCCUUAAGAUACCUAAUAAUAAGAAUAAGGAUGCUGCCACGUUUCAUGAUAAUGAUCCCUAUUAUAAUGGCCAAUCUGGAUUAUCUGAUGAUAAUGAGGAGGAGGAGGAAGAAGGAGCACCUAUAGUAGUGGAUCAAUGGGGUAACUCAUUGAGACCUCUAAGGGCUGAUGAUCUGAAACAUAUUGAGGAGAAGCCUCAAGAGGCAUCAGCAGCAGUAGUACUUGAUGAAGCUGUUGAGAAUGAUAAGAAGAAGAACAAGCAGCAUGUCAAGCUUGAGCAUACCAAGACUACUGCUCAUGAUAAUGUACCACGAAUAAAAGAGGAAUGCAAUAUCAAUGAUGAUGAUGAUAAGGAGGAGGAGGAGGAGGAACGGUAUGAUUCGGAUGAAGAUUCAGAUCAAUCAGUAGUUAGAGGGGAUGAAAAAGUAGACGAACCUCGCAUUAAGAAAGAGGUUGAUAAUAAUGAAGAUGGAGAUCAGUCCCCAAUCCGUAAAGGGGUAGUGAGGAUGAGUAGUGGCUUUACUGCUGGUCUAGUAACGGGUGAAGAUAUAUCAAAACAGAUGGAGGAGCCUCAGAGAGACAAGGUUGAGGUUGAAGACUACAGAGUAAAGGCAUGGGCUGCUACAUACAUUAAUGCUGAAUGGAUAGACCUAGAGGAGAGGUAA